ACGUUGUGUGAAACGGAAAAUGGCUUCAGGGUGAGGGAAACCUUGAACCUUCCCUCGAAGCUUCUUCUUCUCUCUCUUUUGGAACUUACCAUAAAAAAUAUGAAACCGAAAUACUCGGUUUUGAUAUUCUCUCAUCACCACUUUCUUUUCUAGGAACAAUAUCCUCGUAUUUGUCGUCGUCUCUGCAGCCAGCAACCAGACUUCAACAGAGAGACCGAGAGAAGGGAGAGAUGAGUGGUGGGGGGAUUGUGGAGAAGGCCCUGAGUAGUUUAGGGAGAGGGUUCGAUGUAACAUCGGAUUUUCGACUCAAGUACUGCAAGGGAAAGAGAAGAUUGGUUCUUCUUAAUGAAGCAGAGAAGAGAGAGGUUGCUAUACCGGGAUUUGGAGUCUACGGAGACGUCUCUGUCGACAUAAAAUGCGAUAAAGGCGACCGGACAAGGUAUCAGUCCGACGUCCUUGAGUUCAAUCAGAUGUCGGAGUGGUUCAAUCAGAAGAGUUCAUUGCCGGGGAAGAUCCCCUCAGGGCUAUUCAAUUCCAUGUUUGGGUUUAACAGCAACUCGUGGGCAAGAGAUGCAGCUGCAACUAAAUGCUUGGCUCUUGAUUGUUACUACAUCAUCCUCUUCAACCUCCACAUCGACCGUUAUCCUCUUGUCCUCUGCGACGAAGUCCGAAAAGCAGUUCCGUCUAGCUGGGAUCCCAGUGCCCUUGCAAGGUUCAUAGAGAACUAUGGGACCCACGUAAUAGUGGGGUUGGGUAUUGGGGGUCUUGAUGUGGUUCUUGUUAGACAGGACCAAAGCUCCAACUUGGAGCCAGCAGAGAUCAAGAAACACUUGGAAAGCCUCGGAGAUCAACUGUUUACAGGAGCUUGCACCCUCCCACUUCAUAGCAGAUCCAAGGACCAUAACAAGAAGAAGGCUCCGGAGGCAUUCAAUGUAUUCGACCCGAAACCCGUAUUCGUGGACAGCUUCUCCUCUGUCACAAGCAAAGAUGGUAUUUCGGUUAUUUGUUCAAAGAGGGGAGGGGAACCGUCGGUGCAAAGCCACUGUGAGUGGCUGCUGACUGUUCCGUCGACGCCGGACGCCGUGGUCUUCAGCUUCAUACCCAUCACUUCUCUGCUCCAAGGUGUUCCGGGCAAAGGUUUCUUGUCUCAUGCAAUCAACCUCUACCUUCGCUAUAAGCCUCCAAUAUCUGACUUGCAAUACUUUCUCGACUUCCAAUAUCACAAGAUGUGGGCGCCCAUUCACAAUGACUUUCCACUGGGGCCCAUGACAAACAGGGCCAUUCCAACCCCAUCUCUUCAUUUCAAUUUAAUGGGCCCAAGGCUCUAUGUGAACCCAAUUCAGGUUAGGGUUGGAGAGAGACCAGUAACUGGGAUGCGGUUGUAUCUCGAAGGUAUGAAGUGCAACAGGUUGGCCAUACAUCUAGAGCACUUAUCAAGCACGCCGGUCAUUCUCCAAAACAAGAUAGAAGAUAUGCUGAGAUGGCGAGGUUCCGACGAGAUCGGCGAUGAACAGUAUUUUGAAGCUGUACAAUGGAAGAAGUUUUCCCACAUUUGCACGGCGCCAGUAAAAUACGACCCAGAAUGGGCUCCUGGCAGAGACGUUGCAUUCAUAGUCACAGGAGCUCAGCUUCAUGUGAAGAAGCAUGAAUCCAAGAGUGUACUCCACCUUCGCCUUUCGUUCUCCAAGGUGGUGCAUUCCGGCAUUGCUAGAUCAAUUUGGGCCCAAGGCCCAUCAGAGCUCUCUCAGAAGUCAGGCUUCUUUUCAGCAAUUAGCACAUCAAUUUCAGGCAACCCAGAUAAAGAGAUGCCCAAACAGGUAGUCGUUGACUCUGCUGUGUUUCCGACUGGUCCUCCGGUGCCGGUGCAUACUCAGAAACUAUUGAAAUUUGUAGACUUGUCGGAGUUGUGUAAGGGGGCAAAAGAUAGUCCAGGACAUUGGCUAGUUACUGGAGCAAAGCUGGAUUUGGAGAAUGGAAAGAUAUGCCUACAGGUUAAGUUCUCUCUUUUGAGUUACUUCUCUUGAGAGAGGACUGGAAAAAGGGAGGGAAAUGGUUAAUUGUGAAUAUAAAAUUUUAUUUCAAUUUUACAUUCUUUUUAAAAUCUUAAUUUAUAUUUUCAUAUCUGAACUUGUCCAAAUUAAAUGUAAAACAUGGCUACUCCAAGGUAGCUACUAUUUAAUUGAUUUUAUGUAAAAAUGAGUGGGUUUAACUAGGAUCGAACCUGCUGAAAUUGGGUUUUGGUUUGUUAAAGUUAUUAGCUGUUGACUUAGUCUUUAGAGUUUGUUUCAGUUUGUUGUUAUUCUUUACGAAUAAGUUGUUUGUUUUCUAGUCAGCUACCACGUUAAUAGGCAUGUAAAACGUGGUUGUUUUUCUUUUUCUGUUUCUUUUGUAAGGCUAUUUAUAGCCAUAUCAGUUGUUUCAAUGGAAUAACAAGAAGCAUUCUCUCAA